CGAUUUUUUCAUAGAGGCUAAUUUCGGGGCAUCAAGUCCGUUUUUUGUGUUCGUUGGCCCCGCAGUCGGGAGUUACUAGCUGAGUGACACCUUGGCAUGGUCAAAAAGAAUCUGAUUCGGUGCAUCAAUAUGCGGCAUGAUGGCGAAUGUACUCGUGCUCUUCGCGGUCAUUUGUGCCACUGGCUUUUGCCUGUUUGCACAGGGCAUCCCUGCUCGUCUGCGUGGCGGAGAAACGCGUCGACUGUUGGAGGAAGUUCCGCGUGUUUCAGACGACAUGUUCCAGAAGCUGAAUGCACUGGGUAAAGUCAGGGGACAGUUCCAGUCUUUCUACGAUCCGUACUUGGCGAGCAAGGAAAGUACCGCAAGCAGAGACUUGCCCGCUGACAAGGAGCUGCUGAGAAAAGAGGCUGCGAACUUGAACGAGCACAUGAAGCAGCUCCAUGUAAAUUUGGAGAAAGAUGCACAGAAAGUGAGGGAGUUUUUAGAGAAGCUAAAGCGAUGCCGGGAUGACGGGAGCGCUGAAGCUGCGGGUCGUCAGCACGAGGUGCAACUUGCCAUUUGGAAGGUGACCGAGAUUGUCCAUCAAAUCGAGGAAGUUCUAAAGGCGGACGAUAAGGCCUUUAGCGACAUUGUUUUGUAGACAGCAGUUAAGCAAACAACUGAAGCGUUAGAAUGACUCCACUUCCAUUAUCCUGCUGCUUCAAUCUCCUGCUGGUCCAGCACGGAACCUCUCACGCCCUUCCAUCUUUUGGGAGUCGUCUGAUGUUCAUUUCUGAUAGCUGUAAAAGACUCUUUCUCUUAGCCAAAGAGGUUCGGCCCGUGCGCCCCUGGCAACGGAUGUGGGCAUUGUUUUUUCAGAGUCAUGCGCUUGUGGUUGGAUGCGAUCGACAAACAACUCUGCAUUGCGGCACUAGGAGUAUCUUCAGCCGUCUAUGUAACUUUGGCAAAUGGUCUGCUCUUCGUUACUUCUGUUUUUAUCCUGUUGCCGCCUGCCAGUUGCCGUUUGCCUGUGACAGUCCUUUCAUGUCUCGCGAGCGAGACUACCGUCUUUCGAGAAACGUUUGUUCCUCCACAGUCCCGCAGAACUCUUCAGGCUACUCCGGGAGCAUUUUGUGUCACCCGUCAAUCGUGCACGUUCCUCCAGGCCAACUGCGAGAGUCUUUGCCUCCGAGUGUCUGUUCGUUUCUCUCUGUCUCACGUCUUACAUUACUCGA